GUUUUAAUACGGAGAGUUUUUCCUUUAUUCUCUCUGUGAAACGUGUGAGAUGUGUCGUCUUUGAGAACUUUGUCCUUCCAAGUUUCUUUCCGUCUUUUCUCUCUACAAAAGGACAUCCGCCGAUGAAAUGUUUGGACUGUUUUUAUGUAUAUACAUAUAAAAGACCUUUUUCUCUAGAUACUUUUUUUUUAAUUUUUUGAAAAUUUCCAGAAUAUUUGUUCGUCCCUUUUUCCCUUCCUUACGCUAACGAGCAAAUGGAUACAUUGUCGAUGUUAAAAUGAAUUAUUCUAAUUAAAUUGUUCACUUACAGCACAGUUGUAUUCUCUCGAAGUUUCAACCUUGGAAGUUUCUCUGCGCUGUAAUACAACGAUACUAUUACGCAUUAAAUUACGUCGCAUGAGUCUAUAGCACCUUCGAGAAUAUUACGUUACGGUAUCAACAAUGUACCCGUUGUAGCGCAACACAAUCAUUACGCGAACGAUAAAUUAAAUAUCAACGACGCCGAUCAUCUGCAUUAUCACUUUAUACAUAUUGCGUGUUACAAAUUGGAUCGAUAUCUCUGUCCAAAUUUUUUCUCUUUACGAUAGUUUUAUUUCGUGUGUUGUACGGCCGGAAUAUAACUUACGUACUGUUGCUGAUUUAUGCUUACGAGAAAUAUAGCGUUAUAUGUUUCGGAACAUAAAGAAUUUAUAGAGGCAACAACGGAGAGAAAGAGAGAGAGAGAGAGAGAGAGAGAGAGAGAGAGAGAGAGAGAGAGAGAGAGGGGGAGAGGAAGUGGAACAAUGUAAACCGAUAUUGCGAGCGAUGUAAACCGUCGGUUUGUAUUUAUGGUGCAGCGGUAGAGCUAGAAGUUUUCGAGUUUGAGUUGGAACCCCGCUAAAUUACACCCGCGUGAAAUUGAGAAGCACGCGGAAAAUGAAGACGAGACUAAUUUCGGAUGCCGAAAUCGUACUCGUGCCAAAAUUUGUAGCCAUCGCGAGAGCGGACGUCGAAUAGCGGACGGUAUAAUUUUCAUAUGUUACGUAAAAUCAAUCGAGAUAUUAACGCGAGCGGCAUGUUAAAAUUAUUAUCGAUAUUCGAUGUGUAUUUUAUAAUACCCUUAUUUGCUAUCCCAGGAACGUGUAAAUCAAUAUUGUCUUUUAUGCUUCGAUAUAUUUUAGAUAAUUUUUUUAUAACACUUUAUAUGCGAAUAAAAUAAACGAUGCAUUAAGAUAACAUCGAUUUUCGUUUCCAACUUUUCUCUCAUUUCGUUUUGAUUUUUAGAAGAUUGCAUUAUUCUAACAAAAUAACUUGUAGUUUACCGCGAUUUAUUUUUAUGAGUAGUUUUUAUAAAUUUCCAAAAAACAACGUUUAGAGAGAAAUAUGUUUGACUGUUAUGUGACGCUUUGAUAUAAAUUUCCAAUCAAGCGUAAAAUUAAAUUGUCCAUUUGUAAUUUAUAAAAUAUGGCUGUAUCCGACAUUUGAAAUUGCUUGAUUUAUAAAGUUUAUAUAUUAACAUAAUAAUUUUCCUUUUUUUAGGAAAAGGGUAGUUUUUAAAUAUUGGAUUUCAUCUAUGUAUGCGUUUUUAUAUAGAAUAUGUAAAAUAUUAUGCAAUACUUCUGCAAAAUACAGAAAAAUGUAACGUAAUAUAAAACGAGAUGAUCUUCACAUAUCGGGCACAGAAUAACGCAUAUUUUUUUUUUCUCGAGAGAGCAAGAUUCACGAGUAUCAGAUUUUUUAAAUGAGAAAUAUUUAAACAUCGUUAAAAUUCUGUUAUUUAAUCUGCAUAAGAGGCAAAAGCGAGUUAAUAAAUGUGUGGCUUGAACAAUCCGGCAACUGUUAUGACCGACAAUAUUGCGGCACCCUGUUGCAGUUUGGCGGAUUGGACGACUAUGAAUGUGUAUAAGUCUGUUUCUACUCUUUAUUAACGGAAUCACUAAUGAAGCGAGUUUCGCGGCAAAAACGUCGAUUUAGUAAAUCUCAACGAAAUUGGUCCUUCUUUUAUUAAAUGCAGUUUCUUGCUACGUGAAAGUUCGCAAAAAGAUAAGAAGUAACUUUUCCGAGGAAUUUUUACUUGAACGUUUAUAUUCUCCUCUCCCAUUGCACAGUAACGUUUAAUAGUAUUUCUAAUAGUCUUGCUAAUAGUCCUCAUUUUGGUCGAUUUUUUUUUAUUCGAUACUUAACGAAAGUAUUUCAUCGAUAAUUUUUGAACAAUUAAAGGAUUUGUAGAUAUAAAUAAAUCAUAUAUAAUUAUAUUCUAAUUGAUUUCAUAUAGACUCAACAAAAUAUUAAUUUUAAAUUUAAUUCAAAUAUGUAAUAUUGAAGAUACGAAAAUUGAGUUAAAUAUUGACAUCCCCGGAUUUUUUUUUUAUUAAGGGAAAAUUAAUUUUAAAUUAAGCGGUGAUGAUGAAACAUGUACAUGUUUGCUAUUUGCGUACUACCUAUAUAUUAUGUAUAAUAUAUUUUAUUAAUUAUAUCGGAGAGAGGUCAUUUCUAUAUAAAACUUAUUUCUAUAUAAAAUUUUAACAAGAUUUUCUCUCUGUAUAAAUUGUACAAAUUUCUUAUUAUAUAUAAAAUUAAUCGCCAUAUUGUUCGGUAAAAUUUGUACUGCAAGUUUUAUUAAUCAAGAUGCUUAUAUUUUAUUCUUAUAUGCUUUUAUGUAAAAGUGUAUGUAAUAAAUGGAAUUUUUUUGAUUUCGUGCAAAUACAGAAAUUUAAUAUCGAUAUGCGUUCGAGAUACGCAACAAACGCAACUAGCUUCCGCUAGUUUCGCGGACGCGCACUGCGUGUUCAAACCUCAAAUUACAAUCGUAGAAAACACACCAAAAACACACAGAAAAAUGGAUUUUGAUCCAUCAUAUCGUCAACGUACUUUACCGUCGUAAUAUUAAUAUCAGGAACAAGACGAUGGAAUGAAAUUGCAACCGAUGUCUAUAUAUUUACUCGCGAGCAAUGUCGUCGCUCAUCGUCUCGCACGAUUCACAUUUAAUGAUGCUGGAGAUCGCUGUGGAAAACUUGUUCGUCCCUUGGACCUCCGAGUUCGACAAAGUCAUCCUGAAGAAGACGACCGUCAUGUUUCGCAUGCUGGACGAGGACUGGACAUCGCUGGCGCCGAAUCGGCGCGAUCAUCGCCCUUAUCGCGGCUCCAGCUGCGAGAACGAGAAUUUCUACGGCGGUACAUCCGUCGUCUUUUGCGUGCCGGCGGGAUUCUUCGAGAAAAAAGCGAUCGACGUCGACAUACAACUCUACGUACGGAAGGAGGUGUGCGAGUAUUUCGAGAUGGAUUCGUGCCAAAGCGUCGGUUUCGCCACCGUGCCGGUCGAUGAUCUCCUCAACGGCAUCGCCAAGCAAAUGCGCGAGCGAAACGAAUUGUCGGAACAUUUGUCGGACUCGUAUAAGCAGCAGAUUAUCUCGAGGUGAUUGCGUCGAAAAACAUCGUCCAAUA